AUGGGGUCCCCAGCGCACUAUGGAGUAUUCGGAGCUGCAAUAACCCACCUCGUUCACAACGAAAGCCCAGCUAGUCUGGACCCUAGCAACACAGACUGCGAGCCAUUCUUUUGCUAUACUUGGGUCGACGACCAUGUAUUAGCGGAAGAAGACCGAGACGACCGACUGGAACUAUGUGAGGCAGCACUACGCCUCGCCAUGUUGGCUAUCCUUGGUCCUCGCUCCAUCAAUGAAAAGAAAUUCACAAGAUGGUCUACCCGAUUGCGGGCUCUGGGACUGGACUGGGACACCGACCUACGCAGUGUGUUGAUGCCCGAAGAGAAGAUCGCGAAAGCACUCCUUCGCGUAAAGCGAUGCUGCAGUACAAGUCAGCGACGCGGACACAGCUGUGCAAACUAUUGGGAUCUCUACGCCACGUGUGUUCGUGUAUCCGAUCAGCAAAACCGUUGUUCCAACGCAUUGCAUCUCUCCAUAGGCGAGCUCCUCGCUGGGGCAAGAUUACUAUUUCCGAAGGUGCUAUUCUCGAUCUGCAGUGGUUUCAACACAUUCUACAACAAGGUCGACUUUGCAGUGUUCCCCUCAAGUUCUUUGGAGAUCUCCCUGCACCGGACGUCCAGUUAUAUAUGGAUGCCAGCGACUUUGGCCUCUGUGCUCUCCAUCCAGCAAAAUGCGAGUAUAUUCGCCUUCAGUUCGACGACGAAGAACGCCUUCUCAUCCGACAAGGAAGACUGUCGAUAA